GCAACACGUGAUUUGCCAUCAUCCAUGCGCGCAUUUCGUACCUUUUCUAGGUGCGCACGUUUCGCAUCGCGAGAGCGUUGUUUUCGUAUAGAAAUUCGGUACUCUGGAGCACGUUAUUCGAUAUUUCUCAACUUUCUCAGAUCUUCCUUAGAGGGCUGCACCGGCAGGAUCACCGAAAACCACCCUCAACGGUCUCCAGGCAGGAGUGCUGAGAGGACAGGAGGGGAUGUCGAGCACGAUGUGAUAGACCUAUCAAUCGCACCAGGGCCAUUGCACUCGGUUUUAAUCGGGAAUACACUCGGCGCACUCGGCGAUUUUGGAUAAUUCGAAGACUGAAGUGUCCUGCCGGGCGGGUAGUAUGAUACGGCUUAUCAGAGUUGACGAGUAACGUCGCUUGAUAGAAGAAAAAGGUUGGAGACAUCUGGCCACCCAAGAUGCUGCUGAAAAUAUACUCGGUGUGCGUCCUGAUACUGGACCUGGUGAUGCUCUUCGUCGCCAUAGCCGGCACAGUUUUGAUCUCGAUGUACAGGCUGUUCAAGCCACCGUCCUUGAAGAGUCUCCACAAUGAAGUAGCCAUGGUGAUAGGCGCGGGACGCGGAGUGGGUAGAGAACUCGCUUUGCAGUUGUGCCAGUUUGGCGUCGCCGUCGCUUGCGUGGACAAUAAUGCCGAAACUUGCACUGCCACCGUGCAAUACGCCCAACGCUUGCAUGGAAUCUGUAGGAGGUACCAGUGCGACGUGAGGGACAAGUACGCAGUUGCUCAUACCGUGAAUCUCAUUAGGGAUGAAUUGGGAGACAUUACGAUGCUCUUCCACUGUUGCGGUUUGCCCAGUCCACGUGCAUUGGUGCAGGAAACAUCAGCUGUGAAAGAUGUCAUGGAUUUGUCGGUUAACAGUCACUUUUGGCUGCUAGAUUCAGUUCUACCCUGCAUGCAACGUGCUGGCAAGGGUCACAUCGUGAUGCUGUCCUCCGUCGCUGGUCUCUCAAAUGGCACGAGCAGUGGUGGGACGAGGGUGCCCCUGUCCACUGCGCAGUUUGCAGUCCAAGGAUUGGCGGAAUCGUUGCACAUGGAAUUGAGACAUUCAAAUAGCAACGUUAUCGUGUCACUGGUUCACAUCUACCCGUUCAUCGUGGGGAUGGAGGCCGCGAAGGAUAUACGUUUCAGAAUACCAAGUUACUUUGGUACGAUGCCCGCCGCGGAAGCCGCGAGACAGAUUUUGGAUGGCGUCCGUCGGAAUUACAUAGAGUUCAGCGUGCCGGGAUACUUGCUUUACGUGGGACACAUACUUAGGAUCCUUCCGAAGAAGGCAUCUUUUAUGCUGCGAGACUUGUUAGACUCUGGAGUUGAUUUUGCUUAGGGCUACGUACAAAUAUAUCUUGUUGUGUAAUGUUAAUUGCGAUAUCAGAGUGAAGUAUUUUUGAAGAAUAAUAUUAGAACUUUUCAACAGAGA